AGGUAUGGGUGACACAGCAAUGACAGCUUUUCUUGGCUGCUGUUCAGAUCUUCUGCAAACAUUGCUAGAGGCCGACGUUAGUAGCGAUGAAAUGCAGGCUCCUGUCUUAGAUACUGAGGAUGCUUGGCUGUCGGUAGAAGGACCAGUAUCGAUUGUGGAACUAGCUCUUGAGCAGAAGCGCAUUCACUACCCGCUGGUUGAACACCAGUUUGUGUUAUGUACUAUCUUGUAUGCCAUCAUGAGGUUUUCUCUGAAGAGUGUGAAGCCUCUUUCGCUGUUUGAUAGCAAGGGCAAAAAUGCAUUUUUCAAAGACCUUACUUCAAUUCAGCUGCUACCUAGUGGGGAUAUGGAUCCAAACGUGUUAUCCAUACGACAACAGUUCUUGGUCAAAGUUGUGAGUGCAGCGGUUCAAACACUAUGUUCAUCACAAAAGGCCAAAGAAGUCUCGGAAGAGGAAUUGUUUCCUUUUGAGAAGGGGAAGAAUUGGCCAGCUUUGGCUGCGGACCUGGCUCAGUAUCUUCAAAUCUCUGAGGAUGUAAUCAAGAGGCAUUAUGUCUGUGAACUGUAUAGUUAUGGGAUGGAUCAUCUUGGUGAAGAGGCCUUUCUUCAGGUGACUGACAAAGAAGUGCUUGCGUCACAGCUGCUCAUACUGGCUGGACAGAGACUGGCCUUCGCUUUACUUCAUACGCAGACAAAGGAGGGUAUGGAACUCCUCGCUAGGCUUCCUCCAACACUAUGUACUUGGCUCAAAGCUAUGGACCCCCAGGAACUUCAAAAUGUAGAAGUGCCAAUUGCAACAACAACUAAACUAGUUAACAAAGUCAUCGAGCACUUACCGGAGAAUCACGGGCAGUACAGCCUUGCCUUGAACCUGAUCGAGGCUGUAGAAGCCAUCUCCUCGUGACGUUCUUGGCUAGCACAGUUCUGCUCUAUAGUGGUAUAAUGCAUGAUUUUACACAAUGAGGCUGAACUUCACAGACAGAAACUUCUGUGUGGCUUUUGUUAAACAACAAAAAGAACAAUACUCCCCCUCCCAGAAUUUCAGAAGGUAAUUUUAAAUUGGAGUAUAUUUAAAAUUCUGCGCUAAUACAAAGAUGUUUAGUUUCUAGUACACUUGUCAGUAUCUGAAAUGCUUUGUUAUUUAUUUCUGACUUGAGUGCUUUUCGCAGUAGUCUAAAUCGGAUAUCUUUGACAACAGUUUUAGUCUAUUUACAAAAACACAUCUUGUGGAAUUCUGUAUUUCAUGCUGGCAGUAACUGCUGCAGUUCCAAUGUUCCAUGUAUGAUUUGUUUUUCAAAACAAGCUGUAGAAUUACACCGAGAAAAACUUCGGUCUGAAGUUACCAUGUAAAGCCAAUACUGCUUUUGCAGAAGCUAGAGCUGGUGUCGGGCUCAUACCUUGUAACUGCA